AGCUAUGUGGAAGCUUAUAGCUCUUGGCUGUUUAUGUGGCUUAAAAUAUUAUAUUGUGACUUCCGAAAUAAAAAACGGAAAUUCGUCUGCCUUUGACUACAAAGGCGAGUUUGAAAUAUUUAAAAAUAACAACAAUAGAAAGUAUCUUCGGAACUAUGAUGAAGUGAGAAGCUUUAAGGCCUUUGAAGAGAAUUACAAAGUUAUUGAGGAGCACAAUCAACAAUAUCAGGAUGGCCAAACAAGCUUUAGGCUGAAACCGAACAUAUUUGCUGAUAUGAGCACGGACGGGUAUCUAAAAGGAUAUUUGCGGCUUUUAAAGAGUCACACGGAAGACAGCUCAGAUAACGUCGCUGAAAUAGUUGGAUCGCCUCUGAUGGCCAACCUGCCAGAAAGUUUGGAUUGGCGGCAAAAAGGAUUUCGGACCCCACCGCACAAUCAGCAAACCUGCGGUUCAUGCUACGCUUUCAGCAUUGCCGAGAGCAUCGAGGGACAAGUUUUCAAGCGCACCGGAAAAAUCCUGAGCCUAAGUCAGCAACAAAUUGUGGACUGCAGUGUGUCACAUGGAAAUCAAGGAUGUGUCGGAGGAUCUCUGCGAAACACUUUAAAUUAUUUGCAGAGCACUGGUGGCAUAAUGAGGGCCGAAGAUUAUAAAUACGUUUCAAAGAAAGGAAAAUGUCAGUUUGUUCAUGACUUAUCGGUCGUCAAUGUAACUUCUUGGGCCAUUUUACCUACGCGAGAUGAGCAAGCAAUUCAAGCCGCAGUUACUCACAUCGGCCCGGUGGCCAUAUCAAUCAAUGCCACCCCCAAGACAUUUCAACUUUACAGCGACGGCAUAUACGACGAUGCAGCGUGCUCAUCAUCAUCUGUAAAUCAUGCCAUGCUGGUUAUAGGUUUUGGUAAGGAUUAUUGGAUUUUAAAGAAUUGGUGGGGCGAACUUUGGGGUGAAUCGGGUUUUAUGCGGAUUCGCAAAGGUGUUAAUAUGUGCGGAGUUGCUAACUAUGCUGCAUAUGCAAUAGUUUAGUACCUUAAUGUAAUAUUAACGAAAUGGAACAAAUAAAUGCCGACUGUUUUCUUUUUAAA